CAUCAGGUCUAGGCAGGGGGCAGAUCCCUUUUAUCAGUGGGAUUUCCACAGGAAAAAUCCAGACAGGGACUGUGGUCACACGCUUCUUCCCCACUCUUUAGAGGGAAACGCAGGAUAAAGCCAUCGGAGCACGGGUUAAAGGCAAGGAUUCCUUUCCAGCUUGAUCCUGACGAGUGGCCAGAACCACCCGGGAUGGACGCGUUUGGGAUCCUUCCCCCGAAGUGCCUGGAAGACCUUUGGGCACUGAAGCGCCGCGGGAGUCGGGCUGUUCCCAGAUCUCCGGCGCUCUGGCUCUGAAUCAAGAUGACGACGGCCACGCCACUGAGCAACAACACCCAGCUCUCAGGGAACGUGACCACAAAGUCUCAAGAACAAAGUCUCUACCAAAGUUCUGGAGCAAUAGUUGCUGCCAUCGUGGUAGGAGUGAUCAUCAUUUUUACAGUGGUUCUGCUCACCUUGAAAACGUACAACAGGCGCAUGCGGGUGAAGCGGGAGCUGGAACCCAAACCCCCCAAGGCAGCGAUGCCACCUCCUCUGGGGCACAACAGCCACGGCCUGUGCCAGCCUCCCACGGUGACCUUCAUCCCUGUGGACAUCCACCUGCACGACAGGUAACCGGGAACACUCGUCCUCCCCGGCAGACGAGAGGUGGAACUGUCGCUCACGCGGACCUGGGACUCCUCAGCAAAGCUUUUUGGAACAGCAACAGGCUGUUGCUUUGCCUGUGGAUUGUAAUUAAUCCUGAUUUCUCUCUUUGAGAGGAAAAAUAAGAGGUCUGGACACUCUUCCUGUGGCUGAAAUCAGCUGGUGGAGGCACAGGAAUCAUCAGAGCCCGGGGUGUGGGGAGAGCGGAUGAAGCGAGAAGGCGCCAGCUCAGAUUUUGUGGAGCUUUUGCUGGCUCAGAGUUUGAACUUUCUCUGUUCUGCUGGUAAACAGGAAGAAAAAUCUGGACGUGCCACAACUCAGGUUGGAGCUGGGUUUGUUGUGAAUUACAUGGCACAGGUUUGUGGUGUGUUUUACACACGAUGGAUGGCACAGGAAGCAUCAGAAUUGUAUUUAUCGUUACUCACCUGUCGUGUUUCUAAGCCCACGUGUGUAUGGGUUGAGAUAAAAGGGUACUUUUUAUUUUCAAGUAUUUUUAAACUAUUUCUAUAAACCAUGUAACUCUCCAUUUCCAAAGGA